GGUCCGGUCCGGCCCGGCCCGGCCCGCCUUGCCUUCCCGCCGAUUCCUGUGGGGAGCUCGAGCGCUGCCGCUCUGCGCCUCAGCGCCGCCGCCAUGUUCUCUUUUAAUAUGUUUGAUCACCCCAUCCCUCGGGUUUUCCAGAACCGCUUCUCAACCCAAUACCGCUGCUUCUCGGUAUCCAUGCUUGCUGGACCUAAUGACAGGUCAGAUGUGGAGAAAGGCGGGAAGAUAAUUAUGCCACCAUCGGCUUUGGAUCAACUCAGCCGACUUAAUAUUACUUACCCGAUGCUGUUUAAGCUGACCAAUAAAAAUUCAGACCGAAUGACGCACUGUGGAGUGCUUGAAUUUGUGGCUGAUGAGGGUAUAUGUUACCUUCCACACUGGAUGAUGCAGAACUUGCUGCUGGAAGAGGGAGGCCUGGUACAAGUGGAGAGUGUUAAUCUUCAAGUUGCUACUUACUCAAAAUUUCAGCCACAGAGUCCAGAUUUUCUUGACAUCACCAAUCCCAAAGCUGUAUUAGAAAAUGCAUUGAGAAACUUCGCUUGUCUAACUACUGGGGAUGUUAUUGCCAUCAACUACAAUGAAAAGAUCUAUGAGCUUCGGGUAAUGGAGACCAAACCGGAUAAGGCUGUGUCCAUCAUAGAAUGCGAUAUGAAUGUGGAUUUUGAUGCUCCUUUGGGGUACAAAGAACCAGAAAGAAGUGCACAACAUGAAGAGACCACAGAUGUUGAAGCAGACCAUAGUGGAUAUGUGAGUGACAUAGGAUUUCGUGCAUUCUCUGGUUCUGGGAACAGAUUGGAUGGCAAGAAGAAAGGUGUUGAGCCUAGUCCAUCGCCAAUUAAACCAGGAGACAUUCGAAGAGGAAUACCCAACUAUGACUUCAAGAUUGGUAGAAUCACAUUCAUUAGAAACUCACGUCCACUAGUUAAGAAAGUUGAAGAGGAUGAAUCUGGAAGCCGGUUUAUUGCCUUUUCAGGAGAAGGCCAGUCCCUGCGCAAAAAGGGAAGAAAACCCUAAGUUGCAGUACCUUUAGUCAGUUAGGAGGAAAAUAAAAUAACAAUUGCAGCAUA